UCCGCGGCUUUGCUCCCCCAAAUUCCUCUUCCCUUGUUCUCCCUCGUCCCGCUUCGUGUCACCUUCCUUAGAGCAUAAGGAUGUCGUCGUCUGCUGUCGCACCUUCGGCCUCUGAGGCUAUCCCACGCAAGUCGAGCACAACCGCUUCGUCCAACAAGAGUGAUUUCCCGACCGCCGACGUCCGCUAUUCGACGAGACAGGCGAAGGCAUACAAGAAGGAGGACCUGCAGCAAUUCAACGUCCCUGAGCUCACGAUCAAGGACCUUCUCACCGCCAUCCCCAAGCACUGCUUCGAGCGUUCGACUAGCAAGUCGUUCAUCCACCUCCUCGGAGACUUUGUCAUCGUAGCGGCUCUUGGCUAUGCUGCCACUUGGAUCAACCCGACGAUCGCUUCGACCAACUGGGAGGCUUCCCCUCUCACUCCUUACAUCUCAGCCUCGGUCCAGGCCAGCGCCGCCAAGACUGUAGGAUGGGCUUCUUACUGGUGGUGGCAGGGUCUUGCCAUGACUGGCAUUUGGGUCGUCGCCCAUGAGUGUGGCCACCAAGCCUUCUCGCCUUCCAAGACUAUCAACAACACCGUCGGCUGGGUCCUUCACUCGGCUCUCCUCGUUCCUUACCACUCGUGGCGUAUCUCUCACGCUCGUCAUCACGCUGCUACCGGUCACUUGACUCGUGAUGAGGUCUUCGUCCCCAAGACGCGUGCUCAGAAGGGCCUGCUCCCUCUGCGUCCCGCUGAGACUUCUCAGUCGGACGCCGAGGACGAGCAAAACGUCAACGAGGCACUUCAGGGCUCGCAGAAGGAGCAGGAGAUUGCCAAUGCACCUGCUCAACCGCCUAUUGAGGAAGAGACGUGGGGCGAGUUCCUCGCCGAGCUCUUCGAGGACGCUCCCGCGUACGCCUUCAUCUAUCUCCUCGUUCAGCAGCUCUUUGGCUGGCCCAUGUACCUGCUCAAGAACUCGUCUGGUCAGCUCCACUACCCCAAGGGCACCAACCACUUCAACCCCGAGUCCAUCAUCUUCGACAAGCGUCACCGCAGCCAGAUCAUCGUCUCUGACAUCGGCAUCGCUCUCACCAUUGGCGCCCUCGCCCUCGCUGCCCACAUGACCUCGUUCCGCGACGUCAUUGCCUACUACGGUAUCCCCUACAUCUGCGUCAACCACUGGCUGGUCAUGAUCACCUUCCUCCAGCACACCGACCCCAUCCUUCCUCACUACAGCGCCGACGCCUGGACUUUCCCUCGUGGCGCCCUCUGCACCAUCGACCGCAAGUGGCUCGGCCCUAUCAUCGGCCCCUACCUCCUCCACGGCAUUGCCGAGACGCACGUUGCGCAUCACAUCAGUUCCAAGAUCCCUCACUAUAACGCAUGGGAGGCCACUGAGGCUCUCAAGCAGAGGCUCGGCGAGCACUACCACUGCGCAGAGGAGAACGUGUUUGUCUCCCUGUGGAAGACGGUGCGCAAGUGCAGGUUCAUUGACGAGAACGACAAGGUCGCCUUCUACCGUGAUGCGCACGGCGUGCCUACGAGGGUAGCCAAGGAUGUCGACGGUGGGUCGGACUCAGGGUUGGCUCUGUCCGAGUAAGCGCCUCAAGGUCGAGCGGUCAAUUGGUGGUCGUCCGAGGCUACACACGCAUAUAGAGUACGAUGUCCCCUCUUCAUCCAUCACUCUCCCUUGCUCCUGCUUCCCUCAGGAAGCUGUUUCUUCGCAUCACUCUCCACUCGUCCAACCGAUUUCGUGCACUCACUUCUCUACUCUAGAAUGUCUGCUCAUCACAAUAAAGAUAUGCUCUUCAUUG